UUUGCAAUAACUCCCAGAAAUCAGACAUCGAGCAUAAUGGAAAAGCCAAGGAAAAGAGCAAAGCAUACGCGUUCAAAGCUAGGAUGCCGUGUCUGUCGUAUACGUCGAGUAAGAUGCGACUCCACACGGCCAUCUUGCGUCAAAUGCACAAGCACCGGCAGAACAUGUGAAUGGUACCCUACUCCAGACCGGACUGACUCAUCCGUGAUACGCAUUGCCCGGCCUAAUUUCAGCUCAUUCGCUCCGUUCAACUCUAUGGAGGAUAGAUUCCUCAAAUUCUAUCGCAACAAUACUGUAUUUCAUAUGACCGGUCAAUGUAGAGUUGACUUUUGGGCUACUACACUUCUGCAAAUCAGUGAAUAUGAACCUUGUAUUCGCUAUGGCCUUGUGGCGUUGGGAGCUCUUCAUGAGUCAUUCGAUGAUGAACAGUUCAGUAACUCGCGCUUGUUUCCUCACGACACUGAAAUCGGCCAUUACGCGUGGAUUUACUACAUCAAGGCUAUUGAGAGUCUGAAAAUGUACAUUGACCUCGAGAACUGGAAAGGCGUGGACGUUGCCCUCUGCUGCUGCGUCCUAUGUGCCGUGUUCGAAUGGCUGCGAGGCUGUUACACCACAGCCGAGACCCAUCUUCGUAGUGGUUUGUCCAUCCUUAAUCGAUGGGCGGCGGAUGACAUUCAGAACGGCGGUACAGACGAACCGAAAUCCUCUACAAGAGCAAAUCUAGUCCGGCAUCAUCUUACGCCAGUACUUCAUCGACUCGUCACACAGACACGAACUUUCAUAGCAACACCGCUACCAUGCACAGCAUUGUUGGUCAGCGAGCAAGAUUACAUUCCGUCCCCUCAUCUCAAAGCCGCGAGAAAUGAGCUUUAUGGCAUCCUAGGUCAACUAAAUACGGACUCGCAUUCUUCCAAAUCUACUGAAAAACACUUCAAGAACACGAACGAUCAGAAACACCUCCAGAUAUUGAGCAGACUAUCGGAGUGGUACGGCUGUUAUCAUUUACUGCUAAGUGAUAAAAACCCACAUAGCAUGUCACUUGUCAUCUCUCAUACACUCAUUACCAUCAUGGUACGCACCAGCCUCUCGACUGACCAAAUGCAAUUCGACGAGUUCAACGACGACUUUCGUCUCAUAGUCGAUCUAGCCAGUGCACGUUCAUCCUCCAGCGCCAGCGACGGCGAGAUGCCUGUCUCGAUAGAAGUAGUGCCGGUUCUUUACUACGUCGCGCUGAAGUGCCGGGAUCCAUGCAUCCGGCGCAGGGCAGUUACGCUCAUUCAGGGCUGCAACAAAAGAGCAUUACCUUGGGACUCGGAUGCGUUUGCAAGGAUUGCGGGCGAGGUGGUGAGUGUCGAGGAAGAAGGCAUUGAUCACGUGGAAAGUUCCAGUUGUGUUCCGGCAGCGGCGAGGGUAGACAGGCUAUACUACUGGACCGAUGUGUAUCGGAGAGACAGCUCGAUCCGAUUUAGGAGGCAGGGAAAUAGAGAAUGGAGUGGAAUGAGGUUUGUGACGUGGUAAAAAUGUUAGGCUCGCCUGUCGGAAAAUGGGGCAUUGAAGUGGAACAGAACUCGGGUUAUCCUCCUGGACACCUUUCCCCAC